CAGUUCUUUGCAAACUACAGAGGUAGAAGUAAUCAUCUAAAACUCGAGAAAACAAAGAGAAUCAUUUCUCUCUCUAGUCAACAAAGACUAAUUAUUUCCCUAUAGGAAACAUUAAGACAGUGUGUUGAAAGGCCUCACUAAGAAAACACAAACAAAAAUCACUUCCUUACUCUGCGUUUAAUAUCCAUUCGGAUAGGAUGGGUGUUUUCUCCUAUCUAAGUUUAAAGAAACCAGCAGCUCUGCUCUGGAAAGCUUUUAGUCCAUCCCGAGAUAUUAUCGAGGAUGAAACCACUGAACCUGAGAAGUACGAGGUUGAGAAAGAGGAGGAGACGGAUAAAGACCAAAAUGGGAGGAAAAUUAGUGAAGGAUCGACUACUUCGUCAGGUGUGAGUGACGUGAGUGGUUCGUACUUAUCAGAUUCUCUUCUCAGCUCAUCUGCUGAGAUGAGUAGUUCUCUUGGUCCCUGUUUAGUCCCUAGGUUGGAAAUGAUUCCGGUUGAAUCUGGAGAAACAGGUUUGAAUAGAUCUGAGAGCAGUGUGGUUUUAUUAGAAUCCCCUUCUAAUAGAAACUAUUUGAGAGAGGAUUCACAACUUAGAUCAAAGAUAAAUGAAUCAGGUGGGAUUGUACCUGGAGCUCCCUGGACAGAAGAUUCAUCUCUUCAGUUCUCAAGCUACCCGGAUACACUCCAGGACAACUACAAUUACAACCAGGAAGGGGAGAAAAACACAAACAUGGCCAGCAGGCCUCCAUCCCGGCCUCCUCCUCCCCUCUCUCGUCCUCCUCCACCCAUGAAUCGAACCCUCUCUCCAAUAACUUUUCCAGGCCCUCCUCCCUCUAUCCCCCCUCCCCCAGUCCCUGCCAGUCCUGCAAAUGGAAGGAAAAUGUCUCUCCCAGUCCAACCCUCCUCUAGUUUUUUUAAGCGUCCUCCUGAAAAAAUGGAGGAUAAUAAAAUCAUCAAAUUCGGAGAAACCAAACUUCGAAGUCCUUCCCCGGUUCGAGGCGUAUCUCUUACUAGACCAGGAGAUAGGAAGAUUAGUGCUCCACCUGGAGUAAACUAUUCCCCACUUCCUUUCAAUAUGAAUGGUGGGAGUGACAUGCAAAGUUUUAUGAACCUACUAGAGAGAGAAGAAACAGAUUUUGUAGAUCAAGUUAAGAAGUCCAAAGCCUUUAUUCAAAGUGUUAUCAGGGACAAAGAGGAACUGGGAUCCUUGGUUGUAAACCAGAGUAACAAGAUCAGUAAGCUGGAGGGAGAGAGGAUGGAGUACCAGAAGAAGAUUAUUGAGGCUGAGAGAGAGAAGAGAGAUUUCCUUGAGAAGCUUGAACAGGAGAGACAAGGAGGAAUACAAACCCUGAAGAAGGUUGAGAAACAGAGAAGAGAUAUAGAGAAACUUCAACAGGAAUCUACGGCUAUAGCCAGGGAAAGGAAUAAUGCUGUGGCCAGGUUGGGAGAAGGGAUGAAAGAACUUGAAAGAUUGGAUGCAGAGAGGAGAGAGAUGAUUUCAAAAAUAGAUUUACUAUCUAGGGAUCAGACAAACAGGACGAGUAGUAUAGAUCUAUCUAAGAAUGUUGGAGAUCUAAACCUCAAACUAAAGAUGGAGAUCGGAGCUCUCAAGGCAGAGAACGAGGGAUUGGUAAAAAGAUCUGAAGAAGCUCGAGUUCAAGUUCUCAACCUAGAGGAUAUGAUACAGAAUACAGGAGAGGAAUUAGCGGAGAAAGAAGCAGAACUCCAAGAGUCUAGGAGUAGGAUGAAUAGUUUAAACUCCGAGAUCAGCAGACUGACAAACCAGAUCCAAAACCUGCAGGAUAUGACACGACAACAGUCUGGUUCGGAUAUUGAUCUAAAAUCCGAAAACUCAAGAUUAAGGAUUGAUCAGGCCAACGCUGCGGAGAAGAUAGCAAAAAUGCAGAAGGAGCUGAGCAGGGUUGAGAGCGAGAAAAAGGACGGGAUUAAUAAGAUCCAAUCUAUGCAUGCGGAGAUAAAGGAACUUCGUAGAAACCUCGAGGAAUUCGAGGCGAACAAAGCUGUUGAAAUAAAGAAACUAGAAGCGUCUCUCACAAAAAGUUUAACGGCCAAUAAACAGGUCACUGAGAAUCUCGAGAAAGAGAAACACCUGAUUGAAGAGUUAGAAAAGGCGAAAUCCAGCCUGGAGGAGGAGAUUGAAAAAAUGAAGAUAGAUAACAGAAAACGAGAAUCAGAUAUCCAAACCCACCUUCAAACUAUAGAACUAAAGAAACGGGUCGAAGAGGAGAUACUUGGACGGAUGAAAGAGAUGGAAGUUAAACUGGAGAAGCACGAAGAAGAAAGAAGAUCUGCAGCUAAGACGGAGAAGAUGAGAAAGACCUCUGUUGCCACCAGAGAGAAGGAGGAGAAGAAAGAGUGGGAGGAGAAGAUGGAUAAGUUGAAACUACAGUUUGAUAAAGCUGCAGUAGAGAGCAAGAAAACGAUGACAAGGUUGGAGCAGGAGAACAGCAAGGCUAAGUUCUAUAUUGAGGAAAUCAAAACUGAUCUUGAGAAGAAGGAAGUAGAGUGCAGAACUCUCAACACUAAACUCUCCUCUAUGGAGAAGGAGUUUAAUAGAUACAAGGUCUGGGCUAAGAAUGAGACUGAUACCUACGAGAAAUCAAUAGAAGAAAUGGAGGCAAAAAUCAGCGAGGGUCGAAGAAAUGCUGAAUCCUGGCGAAGAAAGCAUGACAGCGUUCAAUCAGACCUAGAGAGUGUAAUCAAGGAUAAAUAUUCUUUACAGGAAACUAUUGAAAACCUUACAGACGAUAUUAGCUCAGUAAAGGAAGAGUUCCAAGAGGAACGAUCUAAAGUUGAACAGGAGAAGUCAAAGCUGGAACAGAAACUCAGAGAUGCAAACUUUAAAAUAAAAGACCUGGAGACGGAGAAAUCUAACCUCGAGAGAAAGAACAGUGAUGAUGUCUCCGCACUACGGAAGACGAUUGACAACCUGAAAUCAGAUUUGAAGAAAUCCUCCAGUGAGAAACAGGAGCUGAGCAGGAAGGUAGAAUCUAUCUCCAGUGAGAAGGAGAAGGCUCUGUCUGCUGAAAUGGAGAAGAAGGAUAAGAAGAUUGAAGAGAAGGAUCAAGAACUGUUUGAUCUAAGACAAGUGUCUGAAAUCAAGGAGAGGAAACUAGAAUGUGAUAUAAAGCAGGCAGUUGAGGAGAGAAUACAAAUAGUUACAGAACUAAAGAUUGAUAUUGAAAAUCUGAGAACAGGAAUUGUUGGAAAACAGUCGGAUAUUUCUAAACUCGAGAAGGAGAAGAGAGAGAUAACCCUUACUUGUGAUAAAUCUAAGAAACAAAUUGAAGAAUUGGAGAAGGAAAGGAAUAAGUUGAAAGAGGUAUUGAAUAAACUAGAAACUGAGAAGAAAUCUAAUCAUUUUGGAAAAUAUGAAAAGGAGAAAAUGAAAAUGGAGUUGGAAAAUGUGAACAAAGAAAAACAAACAAUAGCUUCCAGAAUGGAUGAGCUUAACAAAGAAAAGAUAUGUCUAAGUGAAAAAAUAAAAGAACUUGAAAAGACGGAUAUCAUCAAGAAGGAGCUGAGUGAAAAAAACGAGGAAUUAAACCUUACCCUAGCUGAGCUAAAAACUAAGUAUAAAGAGCUUGAGAUAAAUGUUAAAAAAGGAAAGGAUCAGCUAAAAAUGAACGAGAAAACUACCGGAGAUAAAAUAUUAUCAUUAUCAGAGGAGAAAGAAACCUUAAACAAUCGGAUAUCCGUUCUGGAAUCCGAAGUUCAAAAGUUAGAGAAAGAUUUGAAAAGCUCCAGGUCUGAACAGAGUAGAACUAAAACGUGUCUGGAGGAGAAAGAGAAACAAUUUCAAUCCAUGCAAAAAGAUGAUAAAUCUAAGGUGCUCAGUGAUAGAAUAACACAACUAGAGAAACAUAAAUACGAUCUUGACACAAGGAUUUCUCAGUUAGAGACGGACAAGUCUAGUCUAGGAAAGAAGGUUUCCGAACUAGAGAAGGAUAAAUUAGGAUUGGAGAAUAAGAUUAAAGAACAGGAGAAAACUGUUACUGAACUAACAAAGAAACUUGCUGAAGCCGAGAGCAGUGUGCAAAAACUGUCCAGUGCAAGUGGACAACCUGGAGAUAAAAAAUCCAAAGAUGAACUUUCCAAGCUUCACAAGGAAAACAUGGAGUUAAGAAAAGAAAAGGAUGAUCUGACAAAAACCUUGAAAAUAAUUGAAAAGGAUUUGAAAAAGAAUGCAAAAGAGAGUAAACCAUCCAAGGUUCAAAGUGAGUUGAAAAAGAUGGUUGAGCGAUUAGAAAAGAACGGAUCCUUAGGUGGAACUCAUGAGUUAGAGAACGGGCUCCCUGGGAACGAGAAGGAGUUAGAUGAACUCAAAACAAACUUUGAAUCCCUGCAGAAAGAUCUAGAAUCUCGAACCUCUGAGAUUGAAAAACUAACUUCUCAGUUGAGCAGAUCUAAAACAGAUUGUAACUCUGCUGUGGAGAAGCUUCGUAUAUCCGAGUCCGACCUGGGACAGAUAAAAGAGAAGAAUGCUCAACUAUCAGAUGAACUACUCAACAAGUCUAGAACAAUCACAGCUAUGGAGAAUUGUAGACCAGGAACUAGCAGUAAACAGGUGGAAGAUCUUCAGAUCCAAGUAGAUGAGCUAAAGAGAAAACUCGCCGAUGCCCAAUCUUCGAAACCCAAAAAAAGUGUCAAGUUUACCGAUGAACCUGAGGUAUGUAAGGAUCCUGAAUUAUCUAAUAGAGUUAAAGAGCUGGAGGAACAACUAGACGCGGCGUAUAAGGAGAGAAACGAAAUUCUUAACUCCUGUCGUAACGAGGUGGAAUUCCAUAGAACAAUCGCCUCCGAACUGGAAGUUUCAAUAAUGGAAGAUUUUGAAUGGAAACUUCACGAGAUAGAGAAGGAUUACAACAUGAAGCUGAAACAGUCCAAGGAGAAGGUUGAUGAUCAAAUUAAGGAAGCUUGUAUAGGUAUUCUCAGGGAAAAAGAUGAAGAAAUCCACAAACUACAAGUACAGUUACGAAAAGACAUGGACGAAGAACUGAAGAAGGAGAAGGAGGAACUGAAAACUGCAUUGGAGAAUAUCAGCAGUGGGAGCCAGGACGGAGCCAUAGAGCUCCUCAAGAAGGACAUGGAGAAACAGUUCUCAGUUAAGACUAAAAAGUGGGAGGAGAAGCGUAAAAAGUAUCAAAAAGAAAUAGAAGAGUUGAAAAAGAAAUGUAAAGAAAAGGAGGAUGAAAAUAAAAAGAUCAGAGACAGUUGCAGGACGGAAAACGACGGACUGCUUUUUGAAGAAAGAAAGAAAGCAGACAAAAUGUCUCAGAAAUUCCAGGAAGAUCAUGAUAAACUCCGAGACGAACUGAACGGAGAAAUUAGCAGGAUUAGGGCGGAGUACGAUGAAAAGAUUGAAGAUUACGAGCAAAGGUUGGAAAAAGCCUUGUCGGACAAGGUCGAGAAGAUGUUAGUGCUCCGGGAGGAGGUGGAGGUUGAAUAUGCGGAGAAGAUGGAUGAAUUAAGGACAAUGUACAGGGAUGAGAUGAACAACCAGGUGGAUGCAGCUGAACGAGAGAAAGCAAAAAUGCAAGGAUUGGAAUCCUCUCUCCAGGAGUCUCUGAAAACCAAAAGGCAGGAAUGCGAAGAAUUCCGAAGUAAGUUUGAAGAGGCGAAGAAUCAGGUUGAAGAUUUGACCCGAAGGUUGAAUAAUCAGACCGAAGAGGUUCUACGACUCACUCAGGAACUAGAGAGUUAUGAGUAUGAGGAUGCACAGAGUUAAAUAGAACCUUUAAACCUCCAGUAUGCUUUUCAACAGCAUUUUCAUUUUUCCACUUUCCCUUCAAUCUGAGAAUAGAGAGAACCUAUUCAAUGGAACCUUCUGAUAAACAAAGGAAUUGAGUUUUUGCCACAAACUCUGAUUUUCUAAUCCCAAUGGCGUAGACCUCUGAUAUUUCAACAU